UAACACAAAAACAGACAGUCAUUAUUACAUAAAAUAAAACCAGAGAGGAGCAAACGGGAAAUUGUUUCUUAUUCUUAAUGUUUGUCUUGUUUUUUGUUUCUUUCUUUCGCAAUAUCUUUAUUGAAAGUUUGAUAUGACGUCACAAAGCUUCAACAGGAUGUGCCAGCAAAUAAUCCGCUGGAAAGAAUCUCGCGAGACUUGCCACUCCCCCUUCCCCGCCCCACUUUCUCUCCUUGGCAACCCAAGACGCUAUAAAAGCUGCCCUUGCGUUAUAUAAUCACCCGGUAAUGUCUCAAACGUUUGGAAACACAUCCACGUAGCACUUUAUGAAUCCGAAAAUCACACGUAUGGAGUAUUAUUUCCAGCAAGGGAGCAGGGAAGAAGACGUCGCGCUUGGAAUCGGGAUGUCUUCUCGCGGGAUUUGGGGGUUUUGAGCGACUGCCACGUCUCGGCUCGCAGCUAGCAAAACUCCAGGUAGCAAACAUCAUCCGACGUGGACCUGCGUCAAGUUUCUCCCGACGCACCAAAUACAGACAAACGGCACACGCAGCCGCUGGACCAUCGGCGCCCUCCGGUAAAUAUCAUGGGGCGUCCACAUCUGCUGUUGGUGACACUGGCCUCCUCUGCGCUACUGCUGCUGCUCGCCUCGCAUCUCAGCGACGCUGACAGCCAUUCGCACGACCACCAUCACGGUCACCAUCAUGGCCACGCCCACAGAGAUGACCACCAUCACCACAGCCACUCGCACGGCCCGGAGGUGAAGAUGUACCACGGCGCCAGCAAGUGGAGCGCUGAGGCCAACCUGCCGCCGGGGGAGGAGGAGCACCACGGGCACGAGCACUGGCAUGGUGAUCACCACGGUCAUGACCCUGACCAAGACCACGGAGACGAGCAUGACGAUGAGCGCCUGGAAAAUGAUGACCACGCACACGACAAUGAAUGGGGUAAUGACCAUGACCGUGUGCAAAAUGAAAACUACGAGCUUACCCGUGAUGACUUUCUAAACGAUGAGCAAGUGCAAAACGAUGACCACGGUCACACCGAUGACCAUGCGCACGCCGAUGACCAAGAACAAUUUGAUGAACAAGACCAGGCUGAUGAUCACAGUCACGCUGAUGAUCACAGUCACACUGAUGAUCACGGUCAUCCCGAUGACCAAAGGCACGCUGAUGAUCACGAUCACGGCGAUGACCAUGCGCACGCCGAUGACCAAGAACAAUUUGAUGAACAAGACCAGGCUGAUGAUCACAGUCACACUGAUGAUCACGGUCAUCCCGAUGACCAAAGGCACGCUGAUGAUCACGAUCACGGCGAUGACCAUGUGCACGGCGAUUACCAAGAGCAGGCCGAUGAGCACGGUCACGCCGAUGACCACGCGCACGGCGAUUACCAAGAGCAACCCGAUGAUCACAGUCUCGCCGAUGAUCACAGUCACACCGAUGACCACGGGCAUGUCGAUUACCGAGAGCAGGCCGAUGACCAAGAGCAACCCGAUGAUCACGGUCUCGCCGAUGAUCACAGUCACACCGAUGACCACGGGCAUGUCGAUUACCGAAAGCAGGCCGAUGACCGAGAGCAGGCUGAUGAUCACGGUCAUGCCGAUGAUCACGGUCACGCUGAUGACUAUGCGCACGCCGAUGACCAAGAACAAGCCGAUGAACAAGAACAAGCCGAUGAACAAGAGCAGGCUGAUGACCACGUUCAUGCCGAUGAUCACGGUCACGCCGAUGACUACGCGCACGCCGAUGACCAAGAACAAGCCGAUGAACAAGAGCAGGCUGAUGAUCACGGUCACACUGAUGACCAAGAGCAGGCCGAUGACCAAGAGCAGGCCGAUGAUCACGGUCACACUGAUGAUCAAGGUAAUGCCGAUGACCAAGAGCAGGCCGAUGAUCACGGUCACGGCGAUGACAAUACACAUGCCGUCUGGCAUGACAAUGACCGUGCGCACAGUGAUGAACACGAGCAAACCGAUUACCACGAGAAUGCCGAUGAAUAUGCGCACGACGCUGAUGACCACGGGCGCAGCCAUUGGCACAACCACGGUCAUGCACACAAGCACGAGGAUGACCACGGGCACAGCCACGACCGCAGCCACACACACGACCACGGUCAUGCGCACGACCACCACGGUCAUGGUCACGCACCCGCUCCCGGAGAAAUGAAGAGUGACGCAGAGAAGCGGGACUUGAUGGAGCUGUGGAUGCAGGCCAUCGGCGCCACGCUGCUAAUCAGCGCCGCGCCGUUCCUCAUCCUCUUCCUCAUCCCGGUUCAGUCCAACAGCGACCAGCACAGAAACCUGCUUAAGGUGCUGCUGAGCUUUGCGUCGGGAGGCCUGCUGGGCGACGCCUUCCUCCACCUCAUACCGCACGCUUUGGCAGAGCCGCACUCCCACCACGGCGGCGCCGCCGCGCACGCUGCUGAGGAGUCGCACGGCCACGGACACUCGCACGGCGGUGCCCACGAUCACAUGAUGUCAGUGGGCCUGUGGGUGCUGGGUGGCAUCGUCGCCUUUCUGAUUGUGGAGAAGUUUGUGCGUUUGCUGAAGGGAGGCCAAUCGCACGGACACUCGCACGGUGUUGCUAAGGAGAAGGACAGCGACGGAGAGGAAAAGAAGGCACCAAAGAAGAAGAAGGUGGAAAAGAGUGUUGGGAAGAAAAUUGAAGAAAAUAAAAAAAAAAUGUGUGUUGCUGCGGCAGACAUCAAGGUGUCCGGCUACCUCAACCUGGCGGCCGACUUCACCCACAAUUUCACGGACGGCCUGGCCAUCGGCGCGUCCUUCCUGGUGGGUCCCGCGGUGGGCGCCAUCACCACCCUCACCAUCCUGCUGCACGAGGUGCCGCACGAGAUCGGAGACUUUGCCAUCCUGGUCCAGUCCGGCUGCACCAAGAGAAAGGCCAUGUGUCUGCAACUGGUCACCGCCGUGGGAGCCCUGGCCGGCACCGCCUGCUCACUGCUGGCCGAAGGCGUGGGUGCGGCGGCCACCGCUUGGAUCCUCCCCUUCACGGCGGGCGGCUUCGUUUACAUCGCCACGGUGACGGUCCUCCCGGAGCUUCUGUCCGGCCGCUCCAGUUUCGGCCAGUCUCUGAUGGAGAUUCUGGCCAUGCUGUUCGGCGUCGGCAUGAUGGUUCUGAUCGCAGAGUACGAGUGAAAAAAAAAAAAAAAAAGCUUGAAAUAACGUCUUUUAGUUGUUGUUUUCUCCUUUCUUCACCUUUUUAUUUGUAUGUGGGACAAACGUCUUUAUUUUGUGGGGUUGCUGUAGCAGCAUCUUUUUUUGUUUUUCAGAGGGGUAAUGAGCUGAUGGACACGUCAGGAGAGGACUUACACUUUAACGCACACAUUGUUCUUGUACAAAAUACCUGCUUGGUUUGAAGCACACGUGGAUGGAAUAUUCACAAAUGUGAAGCCGCAGACAUGACAUGAGAAAAAUAUUUUUAAAGUUGUGGCCACAAUAUAGAUAUAACAGGCACUAAAUGCUAAUUUGUGGCUAUAAAUUUAGGUAAAAGUGUGCACACAAAAUAUUAGUUCUGAACCACGAAAUGCUAAAAUACCUCAAAGUACUACUCUGUAAUCACGACUAUCCAGGAUUAUGUAUUUUGUGCACACAUUAUACCUAAUUUGUGACCACAAAUUUUUAUUUUUAUUUUUUGCGCAAUCGAGUGUGGACACUAUUAUUUUUUUAAAUCCCCCCCCCGUCAUGCCCGGGGCUCCAUACGAAAGUGUCGAAAGUGAGUGAGUGCAGGCGAGCAGAGACGGUUUGAUUGUUAGCGACUGUGCAAUCUGUAGACUACAACAGGAUUGUACACAACUGUGAACAACAAUAAAGGCUGAUAACGUUUCUGA